UGGGGUAGAGUUGAAGGCAAAUAGGGGGCCUAACGCCGUGCCCGCGAGGAGGGUGAAAGUGCAGGAGAUAGACAACAAGGAGAGACAGAUCUGCGAGAAGUUUAGGAAGAGAGUGACGGAACACCUCCGAAGGGGAGACCCGCUGGGCAUGAAGGGAGUGGAGGGGCUGCAGAGGGUCCGGGAAGUGCUUGGAGAUGGGGGGGAACCAAACUGGACCAGGGGCCGGGGGCUAGAAUCUGGGCGAAAAGGCUGGGGACGGGGAGUGCUGAGGGGAUGCCCCUCAGGUGCUUGCAGUCGACACAUUAGGAGGGGCUACGGAAUGCGGCGGCGAGGGUGCUGCAUGACACUAGGAGAGGAGAAAAGGAGGCACGGGGCUGGACAAAGUGCGAGCACGGUGGCAGGGAGGGCCGCGGGGGCUCGUAGGGCAUUGGGCCAAGACGGUGAAGAACAAGAAGGAAGGAGGCCCGGAGACGCGUGGGGAAAAGGCAGCGCGGAAGGAGCUAACGAAAUGGAAAGCAGCGAAGGGGGAAGAAGGGCGCAUGAAAGGAGAAGAGGAAGAAGGAGGGGGGGGCAGUGAUAUGCGCAGGACCUUCAGGGAGAUGCGCCGCGAGGGAACGGGCGCCACGGAAGAGGAGAUCUUGGCCGCCUUGAUGGAAGCAGCGGAGGAGGAUGCCUGGCCAUGGCAAGGGGCCGGGGCCUAUAUGCACGACCGAAGGGAGGCGGAGGGGGUCCGGGACCUCGCCAGGGGCUCCACCUCUUGCAUGGAGGUGCAGGAAGACGGAGAGAGAGGCGAGGCGCCUUGCCUCUGGCAAGCCAGGUGAAGAGCUGCAGGGGCAGCGCGUCAGACAUUAGAAGGCGCGGGAUGUGCCAGAGCAGUUACGGCAUGGGUGAGGCGCGUGCGAACUGGCUAAAAGGUGCGAAAGGGAUUAGGGAAGACGAGAAGAGCAAAGAGGGAACGCAAACGAAAAGAGACGAAAAGGAAGAAGAGGAAGAGGAGCGCAAGCCCGCGCAAAAGAGGAGAAAGAUGGGCAACGGCAAAGAAACAGGUGGAACAGGUGCGGGCGAACAAAGCAAGGAAGUGAAAGAGGGAAGAGAGCGAGGAGAAGAGCAAGGAGGGAGAAAAGAGGAAGAGGAGCGGACCCGCCACCGAAAGAGUGGAGGCAAGUGGAAAGAGAAAAAGAGGGAAGAGCAUGGAAGGAGAGGGGGGGGAAAAGUGGAGAAGGCGAGGGCCAGCCCCUGGAGAAGAAGGGGGCCGCGCUGGAAGUCGGACAAGCGGGGAGCGCAAGGGCCCACCGGGUGACGACAGUAAAGAAGAGACGCAGGGAGGAAAAAAAAACGGAAAGGGGCGGCAGCCGCUGGAAGCGGGCCAGAAACAAAAGGAAAAGGGCACAGGGCGAAAAAUGGGGGGAAGGGGACGGCUCGACCCGGAGCGAGAGGGCGGAGCCGUGGCAAGCAAAAAAGCAAGGGAACGAAGGGGGGGAGCGAGGCUGGGCAGGAGAAGGCCGGAGAAACCCGCAAGGGAGAGCGGGGGAAAGUAGAGGGGCAGGCCGCAAGUGCUCGGGAGGGUAAGCGCGGAGCUGAAGCGCAGCGGAGUGAGAAAGGAGGCCAAAGGGAAGAGACCCAAAGCCAAAAGAAGCCAAGGAGAUGAGGGCAAGCCCAGCCAAAGAAGGAAAAGGGGCCGGACGGGAUGAGGUUAAUGGAGCGGCGACGAAGGGGCCGCUUAAGGGGAGGCCCCCCGUCCGAUAGGGGAAGGCGAUAAGGCGGACGCCAGAGGCAGGCGCCGCACUCUCUUGGGGUCCCGUCCCCCGCAGGGUUGGCGGUUGGAGCUCCGCGCCCUCUUUGCGGGGUCGAGCGAGUAACUUUGGGAAUUUUAAUCGUUUGAAGGGGGGGCCCUCCCUCUUGUUAUGGAGGCCAGCGCAGUAUCUUAAAGAGGGCAGCCCUCUUAGGUAAAACGGUUGCAGGGAUGAGAUGGCACCCCGCCCCAUCCGGUCGGUUGGCUUGUGUCAUCGUCAGGAUGAUGGAGAAAAGGGGUAGACGGAAUCCCGCCCCACCCGAUCGGUGGGCACAUCGAGCCCAGCCAAGUCAGACAGCUGGCUGCUGAUGAGAACAGGUGGAAACAUCUGCAACAGGAGAAGAACCCAGGGGGAAGACACGCCGCGCGCAGCGUCGUGGCUGCGCCUUAUGAUGGGGAUGCCACUGCCAGGAGCGAGGUGGAGAGCUAUGGUCAGGGCCAGGUCUCGCGCCGGCUACUCGCUGCCAAAGAAGGGCGGCCGCAAUCGUAUAGCAGGGCGGGGGCGGCUACCACGCCCAAGCCGCUCCAAAAGAAGGGCCCAGCGAGCUUGUGGAAGUGCACAGGACUAGCCUUGUGGAAUUUAUAAGCCAAAACGCCCCAGCAAAGGCAGAGAAGUGGGGCCCCAUCUCGAAGGAGAUGGGGCCGACGAGGUGUCUGCCACCUCGUCGAGGCGGAGAGUGAAGAGGAGCAGCCCCCACCAACUACCACGCCACCACGUGAGGGGCUGCGGGCUCUGGCAGUCUCCAGCGUCGACCGCAUAGAAGACCAGACCCGGAGACCAUCCCUGCGCCCGUCUGGUCUUCGUGCUACGUACAUCGGGGGGCGGCGACUUGAAUACUAAGGACAGGAGGACGGCCGCGGCGCUCUCGCCCCAAUGGAAGCCGCCGACGGUUUCGCCAGGCAGGCAGCUCGUUUCUUGCUGCGCUUUGCCUUAUAGCAAACGCCCGCGAAUCCGUUGGCCUUGCUGUCGUGGUUGUUUUGUGUUCUCCUCUGUCCGCAAUUUAUUCGCGGGGCCCCGCGACCGGGCUGCGGGCUUGGGGGCUUCGCGCGGGUCGUUUUGAGUGGCGCGGCGUCUGCAAUUCUCGGGGCUCGCGGAUUGCGAGCCUGGGGACGCUGUUUGCGCGCGUCGUUUUCGGCCGGGUGGUGUCCGCAAUUCGUGGGGACAAUCGACUCAGCUGGGACUCGUCGCGCGGCCACGAAUUUUUGCGGACAACUGGGCCCCCCCGCGUGCCGUUUUGAAGAAUUGAAAGCGGCGGCGUCUGCAAUUGCUUGGCUCGUGGUGGCCCACGAGUUGAGGGCAGUCGGGACUCUCCGCGCGUCGUUUUGAAAGUGACUGCGUCCAGCCCACGCCGACGAGCUGCGGACCCACCCUUGGCGAAGGUGUUGGCGCGUUGGGGCUCGGUGUAGUCGUCGGUCGUCGACGUGCGUCUGUCGUCGAUGGAUCGCCGUCGGUCGUCGUCUGCUGUCGGUCUUGUCUCUGAUCGUCGUCGCCGAUCGUCGUCGGCCGCGGUCUGCCGUCGAUCGCGGUCUGCCGUCGCUCGCGGUCUGUCGUCGCCCGCGAUCUGUCGUCGCUUGUCGUCGAGGGCCUCGGGGUUUGGCCCUUAUUUAUUUCGGAGCCUCCCUCAGGAGGACACGCCUGGGCGGUUUUCGUUCCUAAGUUUCUGCUACAGUCAGUAAACUCCUCGAAUUUUGCAGGAGUUCCGUAUGGUGUGAGUUAGCGUUAGGUCGGCUGCUUGUGGUGGUGAUGGUUUUUUCUGUGUGGUGGGCUUGGUCGUGUGAUGGUGGGGGGCAACAUGCGGGCUCCCCGUGGCCUUGCGGUGAUAUCGGUCGGGUGUCUCCUCCUCAAAAGGCUUGGGUCGGCUUGGCGGCUGUCAGCUUGGCGCCGUGCUCGGGUUUGUUCGGGGGCUCUAAUUUUUUUGCUAAAAUUCGCGCUAGGCUGGGGCGCUAAGAAUCGCGCUACUUCUGCAUGCUAAUCCGGCGCCCCUAACUCGGCGGGAUUUCUUGCCGGGGUGUCUUACUUUUUUACUCUAAAAACUAAUCGCGCUAAUCUGUGACUCCAAUCCUUUUGGGGGGAUCUUGAAGCGGAAACCUCUCCCAAAUUCCUCUAAUUCCUUCCGCUAGUUUGGUCUUUUACUUAAUUUUGUACCCCAAAAGCCUGCGCGUUUUUACGCAUGUUGGGGGGCUGUGAAUUAAAACGCCAAACCAGCGCAACGAACUAGAGAAAUUUUAGAGGGGUUUCGAGGAACCCCAAAAACCCAAUUAGAUAGGGCAACAGCCUAGCAACUUUUUGAACGGGCUCCCCAGGGUGCUUUCCGCCGGUUUCUGCUCAAAUAAAUUAGCGAACAUUUUAGCGCCCGAAUUAGAGUGGUCCCGGGUGGGGGGGGGUAGGGUCGAGAAAGGGACCCCCUGGGCUUUACGGGAUUUCUAGUCGUGUAGGCAAUUUGGUUUCGCUUCUUUACCAUUUUGAAAAUGUAAACAGAGGAGGCGCCAGCCUGUGUUAACUUCGCCUAACUUAGCACGAAAGCACAACUUUGUUUGACCGCAGUGAGCACAUCCACCAAAAAUAUAUCGGAGCAGCCUGUAGGAGGAACUUGAGAAGCACGCGAUAGCGCUAGCACCAGCAGCGUGGCAAUGGCUUGACUGUCAGCAACUUUUUUAGGAUUCAGCGGACUGAGACCACAACAACAAAGGGCAACGGCCUCGCGCAUUCGCUUGGUUGUAAGUUUCUUCUCCCCUGUUCACUUUGUUGGGAGCUUUGAAUUGGCGGACGAGGGGCAGCAGCGUUCCCCUGGUUGUGAGUCUCAGUCUCAGUCCUAACCUCAAGAGGGACGCGGAAAAUGUCCACAAGACGGCGAGGGGGAAAAGCUCCUUCGGCAGAAGUUUACAGGGCUUGGCAAAAAAUGCGGCAGAAAGUCCAAGAGGAAGGGGCGGCAAAAGUGUGCUUGGUGGCAGAAAAUGCGGCAGAAAGUCCAAGAGGGGGGCGGAAAAUGUUCCCGAUUGUCAGAAAAUGCGGCAGAAAGUCCAAGAGGGGGGUGGAAAGUGUUCCCGGGUGGCAGAAAGUCACGGAGGGGGGUGGAAGAUGUUCCAUCCAGGGUAGGCAGAAAACGCGGCAGAAAGUCACAGAGGGGGGCGGAAAAUGUUCCCGAGGAGGUGGCAAACCUGGCAGAAAAUCAACCCGGGGGGCGGAAAGUAUUCCCCAGGCAGAAAACCUGGCAGAAAAUCAACAAAGGGGGGCGGCAGAAUGUUCCUGAGGCGGCAAACCUGGCAGGAAAUCACUCAGGGGGGUAGAAAGUGUUCCCGAGGCAGCAAACCUGGCAGAAAGUCAACCAAGGGGGUGGAAAAUGUUCCCCAGGCGGCAAACCUGAAAGAAAGUCGAUCAAAGGGGUGGAACCACAGGGACCACACAGGGACCACACGAACCACAGGAACCACGCACAGGAGGCCCCAGCAGGAGCAGGACCCGCCUGGCGAUCGCUUGGCCCCAGAUCAUAUCCGCACUAGAAACCCCGUAAAGCCCAGGGGGCCCCAUUCUCGAGCUUAAGGGGGGGAGGGCUGUCUGCCGCGUAUGUUGGUUCGCGCCGGUUGUGUUCUUUCAUAUAUUGGGUCGUCGGGUUUUGCAGGGUCUGCGCAGGGGUAGGGCUGUGGUGUCUGCACUUACGGGCAGCUUGUUGCUUGGGUGGUCGUGCUUUUGGAGGUGCGGCCGAUGGGUAUUGCGUAUGGCUGGCCAGGGGGUGGGUGUCGCUAGCAGUUUCGCGGGUGCUUCUGAGGUGGUUGCGCGCAGGAAAAUUGGCAGAAUUUUAGCGACGUUUUAAAGGAUUGGGGUGGCUGGGGUUGUCCCCCGUAAGAGUCAGCGAACGCCCCCCGCGGAUCGUCACGCGUCACGCCCCUAGCAUGACGCGUAUGAAUCUCGGGGGGAUUGGGUGUUUCUUCGCCGUGCGUGCUCUGGCGUGACGCGUAGGAAUCUCGUGGGGCUUGGGUGCUUUUUGACGGUGUGCGCUCUAGCGUGAAGCGUGGGAAUCUCAUCGGGGUCGGAUGUCUUUUCCGCGUGGGUUCUCUAGUGUGACGCAUGGGAAUCCAAUGCAGAUCAGGCGCCUCUUUGCCAGUGUGUAAGCGUGAAAGGGUUCGCCCUUGAGGGUCUUCAUGAUCGGAAAGGCUUCAGCCGGGUGCCCUUUAUUCAGAUUGAGGGCCCUCCCUUGGAGGUCCUCUCUCACGAUCAUCGGAAGGGCCUCAUCUGGGAGCCCUCUCAGAGUGCGGGUUCUCCCUUGAGCAAGGUCUUCUCUCAUGAUCGGAAGAGCUUCAUCGGAGGGCCCUUUCAGCGUGAGGGUUCUCCCUUGAGGGUCCUCAUGAUCGGAAAGACUUCAGCGGAGUGCCCUCUAUUCAGAUUGAGGGCUCUCCCUUGAAGGUCUUCACGAUCGGAGGGGCUUCAUCUGGGAGCCCUCUCAGAGUGAGGGUUCUCCCUUGAGGGUCCUCUCUCAUGAUCGGAGAGUCUUCAUCUGGGAGCCCUCUCAGAGUGAGGGCGCUCCCUGGAGGGUCCUCAUCCAUGAUCGGAAAGACUUCGGCCGGGUGUCCUCUAUUCAGAUUGAGGGCCCUCCCUUGACGGUCCUCAUGAUCGGAAGGACUUCAUCUGAGAGCCCUCACAGAGUGAGUGCUCUCCAUUGAAGAUCCUCGCCCAUGAUCGGACGAGCUUCAUCUGGGGGCCUUUUCAGCGUGAGGAUUCUCCCUUGAGGGUCCUCAUGAUCGGGAAGGCUUCAGCCGGGUGCCCUCUAUUCAGAUUGUGGGCUCCCCCUUGAAGGUCCUCACGAUCGGAAGGACUUCAUCUGGGAGCCCUCUCAGAGGGAGGGUUCUCCCUUGGGGGUCCUCUCUCAUGAUCGGAGAGACUUCAUCGGGGAGCCCUCUCAGAGUGAGGGCUCUCCGUUGAGGGCCCUCAUGAUCGGAAAGACUUCAGCCCGGUGUCCUCUAUUCAGAUUAAGGGCCCUCCCUUGAAGGUCCUCACGAUCGGAAGGACUUCAUCUGGGAGCCCUCUCAGAGUGAGGGCUCCCCCUUGAAGGUCCUCUCUCAUGAUCGGAAGAGCUUCACCCGGGGGCCCUCUCAGAGUGAGGGUUCUCCCUUGAGGGUCCGCAUGAUCGGAAAGACUUCCGCUUGGUGUCCUCUAUUCAGAUUGAUGGCCCUCCCUUGAAGGUCCUCACGAUCGGAAGGACUUCAUCUGGGAGCCCUCUCAGCGUGAGGGCUCUCCCUUGCAGGUCCUCUCCCAUGGUCGGAGGCGCUUCAUCGGCGGGCCCUCUCAGAGUGAGGGUUCUCCCUUGAGGGUCCUCAUGAUCGGAAGGGCUUCAGCUGAGGGCCCGAAGGUCCUCACGAUCUGAAGACGGGGCCUUCAUCUGCCGGCCCUUUCCUGAGCGUCACGCGAAAAGCGUGGCGCCUUGUCUCUAGUAAGUCUGUAGGGUGCAUGCAACAAAAGCGUCACGCUAUUCGCGUGACGCUCGAACCAAGAUGGGGCAAGCUCUCAGUAGUAUACCGGGGGGGAAGGCGUGACGUCAUAUGUAGGACCGCGGGGGGCGUUCGCUGACCCUUACGGGUGUCCCCCUGCCCUCCUUUAUGGUAAUGAAAAUGAACAAGAGCAGGAAGCCCCGGGGGAUCUUGAUCAAGGAAGUUCAGAACAACAGAAGAAGGCCGAGAGGGUGAACCACUGAGGUCAGGCACAUGACUGACGAGCAGCAACAACAUGCAUGCGCUCGUGCGGGUUUCAUUUUUCUACUGAAGUAGUUCGGGUAUACAGUUUAUGGCGCCAGCGCCACAAAGUGGGCCAGCUUCUCAGCUUUAUAGUUUCUACCUAAUCAUUGGGUACAUCAAGCCAAGUCAAGCUUUAUAGUUUCCGCGUUCAUCAACAACAAGCCACCCCAGAAUGAAUGGCCCUACCCGAUAGUUUCGGUGAUCUGCGUUUCGCACGUCCGAAUGAUCCGGGGGCAGCGCUUUGCGCAGGAUGAAGUAAUCUUUGAGCGACGAAGUAAGAUUGGCGGAUACAGAAGGUCGGGGGACUGGGACCCAUCCUCCAGGCGCCGAACAUGGUGGUGGCGAUGGAGAUCAGGAAUUAUGGCAUUUGAGGAAAGCUUUUCGUUUUCAUCUAUGCUACUUUUUCUUCUUCUACCUUUCCCCUUCACCACGCUCAAACCUGCGCUUUCUAGUCUCCACACUUCGCUUUGGGGCGGAGGCUUGCGCUGGUACUUAUCAUCAGCAUAGCGGGUUGUAUGUGGCCUCAGCAUUCACACCCACUGUCCGCCUAGUGCGCUGGUCUGGUGAAGUCCUGGCCUUCGCGCAAAGUGCUUGUGCUCUCUAAAAAAAUGCAAAGAACUACUGUAACCCUACGGAGAGGCACGGAGCUCGAGCUCCCGAGCUUCAAACUCUAUCCUCGUGCUCAGGUUGACACACCGAGUACGACCAGCGACUCUGCCUUCACAGAUCUUCAUCCAGUAGAACUAGCUGCAUCCGAGUGGGUUUGGCAUGGUGUUGCAGCCACUGGCUUCACCUUGUUCAUACUAGUGUUAAUUUACUUCUUCUUCUAUCGGUACGCAGCGGCUGCUGCUGCUGCUGCUACACCUCCUCGCGGCGCAGGUAGCGCCGUUGCUGGUAGUUCUCUCGAAAACGGUGCAGGAGAUCAUGACGAGCAGCAUCACAACAAGAACUACGGCUCGACAAGUUCGAAGGACAACCCUUUCUUGUUCUACUUCGAACGUGCGGAUGAUGAUCAUCAUUCUCGCAGCGACGCUGAGCAUGAGUCCUCGUCUACUGCAUCAAGAAGCAACGAGACCACCGCUGACCACGAAGGCGCAGCGCGAUUAUCUGCAGUGAAGAAGCGCGCGUGUCACGCUAAGAACCUCAAGAAGCUCGCAGCUGACAGCAGUAAGGACGAGCUUAGUGUCGAUGAUGAUCAGCCAGAUUUGACGUUUGGCAGAAAUGAUGCUUCUUCUUCAGUAGUAGGUGCAGAGAUUCGAGAAUGCCAGUCAGCAGCCAGGCCCAGGCAGCGAGUACUGCCGAGUCGAACGCUGGAGGAGGCUGGUAGCGAGACGUUUUGAAAACUCCAUGAGGUGAGAGGUUGGAAUGUUUCUUCCACAUCUGGACUUCAUCUGUGGACUGCUGGUGACAGCAGAUGUAAGUCUAUGCGCGACCGCUGUUCCUGAUGUCUGAAGGACCAUGGAGACAUUGACAUAAGUACGUUUUUUCCACCAAGAACCCUAUUCAUGUUGUACAGGGAUCCACGGUUUCACAUACUUGAUGAGACAACUGAAGAUAUUCUAUAUGCUCUCUGAUUGUAUAGAAAUAGAUACUAUGAACCUAGGAGAUAAUUUCUACGACGUCGUCAACUCACUCAUGUACUUUCUAGACAAACCAAAAACAAAAGGUGAGCAGCUUGUGCUGUGGAGGAGGCGCUGAAACUGCCUCAAAACCGCUCGGCUUACCAGUUUUUUCUUUUAAGCCCACGUGUUCACAGACGAUCCUGGACAUGUUUAGAUGAAAAGCUAACUGCGAUGCUCAUCAUGCAUCAUGUUGGGGCCGUAAUGUCUAGAAGCUUCGUGAUCUUGAUCAACGCAGCGAGAGCACUGACGGUGUUACGAAUGAUCUAAAUCUUACAGAUAUCAUCCUGGUGCUGAAUAAGUGUACGAGCAAGCUGCAACUGUUGGUCUUGGUAUCUAAUGAAUAAAUAUAACGAUAAGUAUUCAGGAAAACGCGACACUAAGAGUUUAUGAUAACUGCGAACCCUUCAUAAAUCUAAAAGAUCUAAAAAAAAUGCAGUCAACGUAUGCGAUGUUGACACUCUCGCUACCGUGAUCAGGAAAAUGCGGGACUCGGAACGCAUGUGCAGGAAGACAUUCCUUGAUGUCUUUGUAGAAAAUGAUCUUCGCAGCAGCACUCAAGUCCUCUUUAUUAGGACCACUCAUCCGCGGCGAGCGUCAACAGUCACAUGCGCUUAGUCGUGCACCAUGAUGUGCAAAAGGUUUAGCAGCUUUCGGCCACCCGGCUUCAUUCCUGCGCAGCAGAGGAGGAGAAAAUAUGUGCCUCGCGUCAUACAACCUGAUCGUGGUGGUUUGGCACUUUCCCAGCGCACGGCAUCAGUGCUAAACCGGCAACUUUUUCAGCUGUGGUCCGACAUUGAGAUUCUUGGUCUCUUCAUCUGGUUACAGGAGGUGGUUCUUUGGCUUGAUGUUGGUUCGAGCGGAGGAUGACUCCCGUAUGGGAGGUGCGGCCACGCGCAGAUCCCUUUCAUCGUUCCACAGCAGCACCUUAGGGUCGUUAGCGAGCUCUUUUAGCGUCUUGAGCUGUGCAGCCAUUGUACUCUGCGAGCGGACCCCUUCCUCUGCCUCUCAUCUACUUGCUUGGAGGAGCGUCCCCAGGAAGCAAAAGCAUCGCGAGGUGGCAAGCCUGAGCUUGUUGGAAAAUGGUAAUGGAUAUCGAUUUGAAAGAAGCGAAAGCGAUUUAGAUUUUUUUGAGAGAAACGCUUUUUCCACAAGACUACGAAAUACUGGUAUAUGUAUCUAUAUGUAGCUCCUGUUGAUGAAACCAAACAUCUCAUACGACCACCUUCAGUCACUUUUUAAUGAUAUUUUGAUAUGCAAUUCUAAAUAAUCUAAAGAAAAAAUCCCAAAGGCUAAAUUUGCGACCGACGUCGAGCGGACUGCGCACCUUGACAGCAAGAUGCUUCAAGUAUCUUGUCAAACAUUCGGCGUCGAGCGGACGACCUCGGUACACUGCUUGAAGUAUCUUGUCAAGCAUUCGACGGCGAAUGGACUGCGUAGUAUCUUCUCAAGCGCCUGCUCCGCCCGACGAAACCUCUGCUUUUAGGUUGGAACGGAGCAGCUGCUAUGUAGCAUUAGCCGAGCAGAAUGACGGAAACUGUAAAUGGUAUUUUCGAAGAUAGGAUAGAAGACUUGCUUAGUUAUUGGGAGUGAAGUUCUGUUAUCUGUUCUUUCUUCACCAUGUGAGAUGAUACUGAAGACAUGCAUCUUGAUGAUACCUUUCUAAAUAAUCUAAAAAAUCUAAAGACAAGCAGGUCUAAAGACGAAGAGACUGGGCAUCUCGAGACCAUCCUCGUCUGUAAGAAGAAGUGUGUCUUUCUCAGGUUGAAGCUCAUUGAGCGAAAGUCGCUACGUUCUCCGCAGACUCACGCACGGUGGCUGGUUUCGCAUAGAGCUCACACGUGGUCGGUCCUCUCUUCGUCAGGAGAGACUCUUCUGCGGAGUCUACACUACAGCAUGCAGGAAAUCUCUUGUGCCAGCACGUAUCGAAGUGCGACUUGUGAAGUGCUGAGAAUACAACUAGGCGUGACGAAACCUGAUGAUGAUCCGGAUUUUAGCAAUGUUCGAACUGGAGUCCGAUUUUGAAGCAGACAAGUCGUUGUCACGAAGGAUUCCAAGUAAUAGUAAAAGGCCUCAAAAACGUUCGGCUUCGAAUAACGUAAAACGAGGUUCCAUGACAUGACAUGAAGAUCGGAAGUCAGCGCUAUAUUACGUUCCGUGGCGCCCGUUGCAUCUCACGGUCGAGACGAGAAUAACGAACUGCGAAGAACCAGCGUCAAGCUGUAUCUCGAUUUUACAAUUUGAGAUGGUCAACAUCCUGAUAUCGUUUAGAUUUUCGGAAUACAGAAGAUAGCGGAGAGCGAGCAUACGACGCAUCCAUAGGAUGAGAAGGGAGGGAAGCGAUCGACUGCGAUCGUGACGCCCCUUCGCGGGUUCGUUUUGCGGACACUCUUUUGUUGAUAUUUUUGAUGACCGCAAUCUUCGUGCCGUGCAGAUGGAGUACUAGUACGAGACUUUCAUUCUGGCGACAUAGAAUACGAAUAGAGACGCGACGUGUGCAUAGUGCAUUGCGGAUUAUAAUUGGCCACGCAGAAUGAACAAGAAUAAUGAAAUGUAAAAUGUAUGGCCAAAGCGUCGGCGAUUGUGAUCUAUUCCAAUUUUUUCUAAAAAUUCUAAAUUUUCUAAAAGCUUUGCUAAACUAGCAAGAGGAU